AUGGAAACCAAGGUAGGAUCCGUAGACGUACCGUCGAAAGCAGCAAACGGCGGUGUUGGGAGCAUUCCGAUGUCCUGCAACACGGUGAUACCAGCGGCGCCGGCAGGGAAGGCCACCCUCGGCCGCCACCUCGCCCGCCGCCUCGUCCAGAUCGGCAUCCGCGACAUCUUCUCCGUCCCGGGGGACUUCAAUCUCACGCUUCUUGACCAUCUCAUCGCCGAGCCCGGACUCACCAAUGUAGGAUGCUGCAACGAGCUCAACGCAGGGUACGCAGCCGAUGGGUAUGCCCGCGCGAACGGCGUCGGAGCGUGCGUCGUCACCUUUACCGUCGGUGGGCUCAGCAUCCUCAACGCCAUCGCAGGAGCCUACAGCGAGAAUCUUCCCGUCAUCUGCAUUGUCGGUGGUCCGAAUUCCAAUGAUUAUGGCACCAACCGAAUCUUGCAUCACACCAUCGGCCUCCCCGAUUUCUCCCAAGAGCUUCAAUGCUUUCGGACCGUCACCUGCUUUCAGGCGGUUGUGAAUAAUUUGGAUGACGCUCAUGAGCUGAUCGACACCGCCAUAUCAACUGCUCUCAAGGAGAGCAAGCCAGUUUACAUCAGCGUUGCAUGUAAUCUUCCAGCCAUUCCCCAUCCAACCUUCUGCCAUGAGCCAGUUCCAUUCUUCCUAACUCCGAGAUUGAGCAAUAAAAUGGGUCUCGAGUGCGCAGUGAAGGCCGCCGCGGACUUCCUGAACAAGGCGGUGAAACCAGUGCUGGUGGGCGGGCCAAAGCUAAGGGUGGCGAAGGCCGGGAAAGCCUUCGUGGAGCUUGCUGAUGCAUGUGGGUACCCCGUGGCCGUGAUGCCUUCGGCAAAAGGAUUGGUUCCCGAACAACUCUACAGGUUCAUCGGCACCUACUGGGGCGCCGUAAGCACCACCUUCUGCGCAGAGAUCGUCGAAUCCGCCGACGCCUAUCUCUUCGUCGGACCAAUCUUCAACGAUUACAGCUCCGUCGGCUACUCCCUCCUUCUCAAGAAAGAGAAGGCCAUAAUCGUCCAACCAGACCGUGUGGUGGUCGCCAAUGGCCAGACUUUCGGGUGCAUUCUUAUGAAGGAUUUCCUCCAGGCGCUAUCGAAGAGGUUGAAGAAAAACACAACUGCUUAUGAGAAUUACAGCCGCAUCUUCGUGCCGAAUGGACAUCUUCUAGAAUCCAAUCCCAAGGAACCUCUGCGGGUAAAUGUCUUCUUCAAUCACAUACAGAAUUUGCUUUCAAGUAGGACUGCGGUGAUCGCAGAGACCGGCGACUCCUGGUUCAACUGCCAGAAGCUCAACUUGCCGGAAGGUUGCGGCUAUGAGUUCCAAAUGCAGUAUGGCUCUAUUGGCUGGUCGGUCGGAGCAACACUUGGAUAUGCUCAGGCUGCCAAGGAUAAGCGCGUCCUCGCCUUCAUUGGUGAUGGAAGCUUUCAGGUGACAGCGCAGGACGUGUCAACGAUGAUUAGGCAAGGGCAGAACAGUAUCAUCUUCCUCAUCAACAAUGGAGGUUACACCAUUGAGGUGGAGAUCCACGAUGGUCCUUACAAUGUGAUCAAAAACUGGAACUACACUGCAUUGGUGGAUGCCAUCCACAAUGGGGAAGGCAAGUGCUGGACUACAAAGGUGCAUUGCGAGGAGAAGCUUAUUGAGGCAAUUGAGACUGCUACGAACGAGAAGGAGGACUGCUUGUGCUUCAUUGAGGUUAUCGUGCAUAAGGAUGACACCAGUAAAGAGCUUCUGGAGUGGGGUUCUAGGGUUUCUGCAGCUAACGCCAGGCCACCGAAUCCACAGUAA